UAGUCAAUUAGAUUAUAAGUUAAAUAAAUUCUCCGUUGACUAGUAAAUAUAUUUGCCUUUUUUUAUUAUUGUCAUGAUUUGGAGGGUUCAUAGGAGCAGGAAGCCAUCCAGGGAGAGAGAGGCUGCAGCAGGAGAGAGAGCCCGGCUGCUGCUUGGGAUCAUAUAUAACAGAUUUAGUCGUCCGAUCAUCGAUCUCUCCAAGAAUGGAAAAGGGUAAAUUUACUGCCAGUGAUUCAAACAUGAAAAAUGAUGUUGAAAAGGCAAGUGCAUCGAAUAUUGAAGAGGACAAGGCUAGCGCUUCAGACAUUGAUGAGGAUACUAACAUGGCAAGUGCUUCAGACAUUGAUGAGGAUACUAACAAGGCAAGUGCUUCAGACAUUGAUGAGGAUACUAACAAGGCAAGAGCUUCAAAUAUGAAAAUGGUUUGGGACUUGGAAGGAGGAUAUUAUGAUAUUGACAACGUAGAAUGGGAACUUCGAAAUAUUUGGCUAGAGCUUGAAGGAUUAAAGGAGUUGCCCCCUCAAAAGGACCGGGCUGAUGAAUGCUGUAUCUUCAGGGUUCCCAACUCACUUCGAGUCAGAAAUCCGGAAGCCUACACUCCACAGCUGAUUUCAAUAGGUCCUUUUCACCACAGUGAUAAAAGACUAGAGGCCAUGGAAACGCUGAAAAAAAAAUAUCAAGGAGAGUUCCUAAAAAGGAAUGACAUGGAUGAGAAGAAAUUUAUGGAUUUUCUAAGAAGAUUUCAGAAAAAAGAAGAGAGUAUCCGACUCUGUUAUUCAGAAGGCUUCUUCAUCAAAACAGAAUUUUUUGUAAGGAUGAUCGUGCUGGAUGCUGUCUUCAUCAUUGAGUUUUUGAAGGAUUCAUAUGAUGAUGACUUUCCUCAAAAUCUUGAUACCAGGAUGAUAUCUUGCAUAGGAGAAGACUUGAUGCUACCUGAAAACCAACUACCUUUCUUCGUUAUCGACUCUAUAUAUAGCGAGUUUUAUCACCCUCGCCAAGAUGAACCAAGCAUUACUUUUCUUGAUCUUGCCACCCGUCAUUUUGGAAAGUACCCAUUUGCACAAGGGCCAGAAUCCACACCACAGACAGAAGUAAGGCAUUUCACUGAUUUACUAAUGAAUUUAAUGUUGAAAGGAGCCCUCGAGCGAGAAAAUCGCUCUAAGCCUAUCAAGCUGAAAUAUAGCGCCGUCACGCUUCGCAAAGCAGGAGUGAAGUUUCAGGUCACCGAAGACAAGUGUUUGUUCAACGUACAUUUUGAGAACGGAGUGUUGAAAAUACCACUCUUGGAAGUUGAUGAUUCCUUGGAACGUUUUGUGCGAAAUGUCAUGGCCUGGGAGCAGUGCUACAAACCGAGUGAAGCUUACAUCAGCAACUACUUUAAGUUUAUGGACCAUCUUAUUGACAGGGCAGAAGACGUGGCUUUGCUAGCUGAAGAGGGAAUUAUUAAGAACUGGCUAGGUGAUGACGCCGCAGUUUCAAAGUUGAUGAACAACCUUAGCCAACGUAGUGAAAAAACUUCUUAUUAUAGUGAUAUCUGUCAAACGCUGAAUGCCUACUAUGAGAACCCCUGGAACCAUAGAAAGGCAACCUUGAAACUCGUAUAUUUCAGCAAUCUUUGGAGAGGUACGGGAACUAUUGCUGCAGCUUUCCUUCUAAUCCUCACUUUGAUACAGACUAUAACUUCCCUGAAAUCGUCAUUCUAGGAUUAAAUCUUGUUCAGUUUUAUUAAUCCUACGCAAUAAUUGAUGGGUUUGUUAUUGUUGUAUUCCUUAGAAAUUGUUGUUUUAAUUUUAAUUCAAAGCUUGCGUAGUUCUAAAUGUAGCUAUUUCUUGUUGUAUUGUCCUGAAACUGAUUCUGUACUUGUUCCUUGUGUGAUGUCCUUUCCUCUCAAAGCUCUUUUUCUGAUUAAAUAAAGCUGAAGAAUGCAUGAUCUCAA